AUGGAAAAACUGAAAGAUCGCUACCAACAUCUGCAGGGAAUUCCGGCGAAAUCCUAUAUAGACGUACAACCAAGGAUUCUUAUUGGCAGCAAUUACGCAAAUUUAGGUUACGUUUUGAAAGGGAAAGAAGGUAGAAUGUUUGAGCCGGUUGCUACCAAAACUCGACUUGGCUGGAUCGUAUACGGAGGCAGUGACAAAACGUGGCUACAGUUCUUAGAGUAUCACCACCUGCAUCACUGUGAAUGCAAGGAAAAAGGAAACGAUGAACUUCAUAACGCAAUGAAAGAGUUUUUCGCUAUCGAUAAAGCUGGUAUCGAAAAACCUAUGAGGCUGAUUGAGUCAAAGGAAAACCGCCGUGCAUGUGACAUCUUGGAAUCAUUUCAGCGUACUGCUAGUGGUCGUUAUAAACUAAGACUUCUGUGGAAAUUCGAUGAAUUUCGUUUACCAAACAGUAAAGCUAACGCUCUACGUCGAGCACAGUGUCUCGAAACGAAACUUAGAAAGGACCCACAGCUAGCUGCUGUGUUGACUGACAAGAUCAAUGAUUACGUUUCCAAGGGCUAUAUUCGAAAAUUAUCUGACAAAGAGCUGGCUGUAAAGCAGAAACGAGUAUGGUAUUUGCCUAUAUUCCCGGUAUUUAAUGCCAACAAACCGAAGAAGGUACGCCUGGUGUGGGACGCAGCAGCUAAGGUUCAAGGUGUCUCGCUCAACUCACUACUGCUCAAGGGUCCUGAUCAGAAUACCUGCCUACUCGAUGUGCUGAUUCGGUUUAGAGAGAACCGGAUAGGGGUAUGCGGCGACAUUAGGGAAAUGUACCAUCAAAUUCUCGUCGCCGAAGAGGAUCAACACUGCCAGCGCUUUCUAUGGAAAGGGAAUCUAACGGAUGGCGAACCAAGCACCUAUGUGAUGCAGGUGAUGACCUUUGGAGCAAGCUGCUCCCCCAGUUGUGCUCAGUUCGUAAAAAACUUAAAUGCAGAAAAAUACGAAAGCCAAUACCCUAGAGCAGCCGCAGUAAUAAAAAAUAAUCACUACGUUGAUGACAUGCUGCUAAGUGUGGAGUCAGAACAAGAAGCUAGUCAACUGGCUCAAGAUGUUCAUUUUAUACAUGCUCAAGCGGGAUUUGAGAUGCGAAACUGGUUAUCGAAUUCUCCAACAGUAUUAGCAGCGCUCAAUGGAAGUAGUCUACAAGGAAAAAGCUUAAACUUUGAAGAUGAGUUGUCCACAGAGAAAGUCCUAGGGAUGUGGUGGUGUACUGCAGCCGAUUGUUUUACGUACAAAUUGUCUCCGAAACACGAAGAAGAUUUGCUAGCCGGCAGACGCGUACCAACGAAGCGUGAAGUACUUCGCACACUUGUGGCGAUUUUCGAUCCGCUAGGAUUUCUUUCAAAUCUACUUAUCUUCCUCAAAAUACUGCUGCAGGAAAUUUGGAGGAGUUCAAUUGGAUGGGACGAAAAAAUACCGAAAAAACUUUUUGAUGACUGGCUAAUGUGGCUUAGCGUGUUACCAACAGUUCAAAACAUCAAAAUUCCCCGCUGUUAUCGCUCGAAAAUAUCGUUUGAUGAGAAUACAUCGAUAACCUUACACACAUUUGUUGAUGCAAGCGAAUUAGGAUAUGCGGCUGUAGUUUAUCUUCGAUUCCAACAGGGCAACAGAGUUGAAGUUGCCAUUGUAGGGGCUAAGGCUCGAGUAGCACCCUUGAAGUUUCUUUCAAUACCGCGUAUGGAACUACAGGCAGCAGUUAUUGGGACCAGAUUGGCUGAUUCUGUUGCGAAGGCACUAUCGUUCAAGACGAAGCAACGGUUCUUUUGGAGUGAUUCCCGAAACGUUCUUUGUUGGAUAAGAUCAGACCACCGCCGAUACUCACACUACGUUGCUCAUCGGGUCAGUGAAAUUUUGGAAACCACACAAAUUAAGGACUGGAAAUGGAUAUCCACCAUGGACAACGUUGCAGAUGAAGCUACGAAGUGGCAACGCUUACCUGAUCUUAACAACCAAAGUCGAUGGCUAAAUGGUCCAGACUUCCUGAGAGAAAACGAAACGGCGUGGCCAAGCGAGCACUUUGGGAAGGAGUUUACGGAAGAAGAGCUUAGACCGAAUAAUUCUUGUAACGUGCAUAGCAUAUUUCCUGUCAAUCAUUUACGACCAGAUAAUUGUAGGAGUUGGAAUUUUCUCAGGCGAACUGCAGCCUGGGUUCUGCGAUACAUUGCCAACCUCAAAAUUAAAGAAGAAUUUAAGACGAAACGCGAACUGGGACCACUUUCCGGCAAAGAAAUCCACCGAGGGGAGGUUUUAGCGUUUAGAGAAGCCCAAAGUGAGCACUUCGAUGGCGAAAUUAGUUUACUAAGCUCAACAUUACCUUCCCCGUCUCAAAUACCGAAAUCAAGCUCAAUAUAUAAGCUUUGGCCAUUUCUCGAUGACGAACGAGUCUUGCGAGCUUCUACUCGGAUCGGCGCUUGUGAAGCAGUCAGUAUGGAUGCAAAACAUCCUAUCAUACUUCCGAAAGACCAUCGAAUCACUUGGCUAAUCGUACAACACUACCAUGUUAAAUUCUAUCAUCGCAACCAUCAGACAGUCAUCAAUGAAAUACGACAAAGGUUCCGUAUAACUCCUAGGUUAUCCAGUUUGUACUGGAAGGUUCGAGCGAAUUGCCAGUUGUGCAAGAAUCUGAAGGCUGCUCCGAGACCACCUCGGAUGAGUAAUCUUCCAGCAACAAGACUUUCCGCGUUUACCAGACCAUUCUCGUUCGUAGGCGUCGACUAUUUCGGUCCGAUGUUUGUCACCGUGAAGCGUAGUACUGAAAAGCGUUGGGGCGUAUUGAUAACAUGUUUGACUAUUAGAGCUGUACACAUCGAGAUAGCACAUUCCUUGUCAGCAGAAUCCUGCAUAAUGGCACUUAGAAAUUUUAUGGGGAGAAGAGGUACACCGAUUCAAAUUUUUAGCGACCGUGGCACAAAUUUCAUAGGGGCAAAUAAAGAGCUUAAGUUGGCAUUAAGGGAAAUGAACCAGAAUACUAUUCUUCGAGAAAUUUCAAGUCCAGACACCACUUGGUCUUUCAUACCACCAGCGUCUCCUCAUAUGGGUGGAUCUUGGGAACGAAUGAUCCAAACAGUUAAACGUAACCUAAAUCAGAUCAAACCCAAGCACCAACUUAACGAUGAGGUGCUACGCAACUUGUUAAUAGAAGUAGAGAACACCGUCAACUCUAGGCCGCUAACUCAUGUUACAUCUGAGGAUUCGGAGCAACCAGUAUUAACUCCGAACCACUUCUUGGUUGGGUCAUCGAACGGGUUGAAACCAGCCUCGUUGUUGGACGACAGGGACGAAGUC